AUGGCUAGCACUCCCUUGCGCCAACAACUUAGCAUCAUGAGACAAUCAUUCUUUGAUGAGGGAAUUUUGGAUUAUGGACAAGUGAGCUUUCUUGAGACUCUUGAAAAUGAAGAUGAUCCUGACUUCAUUGAAAAUGUGUUUAGCUUGUUCUUAAGGGAUUCAACUCGAUACAUUGCUUCUAUCGAUAAGGCAUUGGAGACAACCCCAGCAGAUUAUCCUGUCCUCGAAGGCAUGAUUUAUCGACUUAAGGGCAGUAGUGCUAGCAUUGGUGCUGCCAAAAUUAAUGAUGAAACCAACAAACUCAGAGGAUUCUUCGGUGAAGGGGAUUUGGAAGGUGCCAAGACGUCUCUCCAAAAUCUGAAAGCUGAACAUGCCAUUUUCAAGCAAAAACUUUCUGUUUAUGUUGGGAUGUUAAAGCAAGCUAAGCUCUCUGAGUGCUGA